GUCCUUAAAAACAGUUUCAUCUUUCCAUCGCAAAGAUGGAGUUUCCAGGCUGAGACCCAAGCGCCUUAGUUCCCUCUCGACUUUGUUUUUUAAUCUCUUGUUGUGCCAUGUGUUGGACCAGAGGUGCUGAAGGAGCAUUUGCCUCUACACAAGCACAUACUCAGUCUCAGGAAACAAGCCAUGAUUUACGUAUCUUAAGAAGAAUCAGAAAACCUGCAAACAGCAAUAAAGAAGCUGAGGAAACAACCCUGCUUGGUGAACUGAGCACAAAUUAACACCAGUGAGUCCACUGCAAACAAAGCUGGCAGAGUAAAGUCUUCAAUUCCUCUCUAUGGCAACCUACCAAAACCUGGCCUCGAAGAUAUUCUGUUUGUGCUGUCGGGACUGUGAGGAAGCCGUCAUCGAGAGCUCCAAGCCUCCCAGUCAAACUCAAGGGAACCGGCCACCAUCCUACAGUUCACAGUCUCAGAAGAAUGAGUUAAACAAACCAAAUCUCAAGUACACUAAUGCACAGUUCCUCACUGGACAAGAAAAGACAUUCUCUUCCAGCAGCAGCGAAUUUGAAGAGUUGACUGCAUACAACAUACAAACAGGAUACCCUAAAAAAAAUCUAAGCCGCUACUGCCAGGAACACUGGACCUUCCAGCCGUGCCUCAUUGGGAGACCAUGAGGGUUCUAGUGGCAGUAUCCCAGGGGCUCUGAGCUGUGCAGCUGCUGGAGGGUCUCCAUGAGGAUGAAGAAGGCAGUGGACAGGAUUCAUGAAGACUGAUUCAGAAACUCCACCAGAGGAGGGAAGAGGUCUGAGCCAUCCCUGUGCCUACAAGAGUCACUGCAGCUCCUGACACAGCCCAGGGAGGGGCUGCCUGCAUUAAAGUCCUUGGUUGCAUCA